AUGUCUGGGCAAAGAACGAAGGAAACCGUGUUCCCGCUUCUCCUAGAGGAGCGAAGCGCUGGGAAGGAGCUGAUUGUAAUGAUAACACGGAACAUUGUGCUACCUCUCGAGAUGAAGUCACCACUUGCGAAGAACCUUGACGUUGUCCGUAUGUUUGACAUGGACGAUCGUACUAGCCUUGAGAAAAUUCGUAUAGAGGCAGGUGAUGUCUACGAACAUGCGGAAUCUGCAACCGUCCUAGUAAUUACGAGUGAAAAUGGACUCCGCAUUAAAGGAGUAAUCAAUGGCAACAUUAGUAUUUCAUAUGACGAUGUUCACGAACAAAAAGAUGGUGGACCUGUACCUCACUUUUUGGAUAUCAUUCACCCGACUAGCUCUGUCACUUCUGCGAACGAUACAUCCGAUGACUGGUCUUUGUAUCACAUGAAGAAUCUUUAUGGGCCCUUACGAGAACGCAGCGAUAUUCCUACUAACGAACAAAACGAAAAAGUACAAAAAGGUCCUUCGAAGAUUACCGUAGAGACAGAAGUAGUUCUGACAACAAGCUACGUGGAAGCAUUCAAGAAAAAAGUAUCGCAUGGUCUGAAAGAUGUUAUAGACUACCUGCAGGUGGUGUUUGCGCUUGUGAACCAUAUAUUCAAGUCCUUCGAUGCAGACGUUCUGGACCUACAGUUACUCAUAACCAGGGUGAUACUGCUCUCGCUUCCGCCUUACUCUGGACUUGAGGCUUAUUUGGACCAUCAGAAGCUGGCUCGGCAUGCGGUUCAGAAAUCCACCUAA